AAAAGUGGUCCGGCGAUGGCACAUGGUGGUUUCAGUAAUGUUUUUAAUAGUAUGCUUUCUGUAGCACAUGUUGAUACAUUAUACGAGGUGGUCUUGAUCCAUGCUACAAAGACCCAUGCCUAUCUGAAAUCAACCCGUGCCAAUCUGUACAUUUUUCUU